AGAGAAUUGAAAACAUCCCCACAAAAACUAGGACAUGAAUGUUGAUGGCAGCAUUAUUCAUUCAAAAUGGCCAAAAAUGGAGUCAAACAGAAUGUCCACCAGAUGAUGAAUGGACAAACAAAAUGUGGCAUAUCUAUACGGGAAUUAAUCUGAUAGCACAUAUUGAUGGCUGUAGAGAAGUCAUCACUCUCACUGGAUUCCAGUGAGAGUGAGUCUGAGGAGUUGCCAACAUUUGCCUUUCUGAAGAAGGAACCGUCUUCAACAAAGAGGAGGCAGCCUCAGAAGGAGGAGAAGAUUGUAGUGGUUGACAUCUCAGAUUCUGAGGCCUCCUGUCCUCCAUCACCAAAAUUGAGAGAUCCACCACCUGUUCCAGAGACAGCUGAAACUGUCACACGAACAGAGCCAGUCAGGGUGCUAAGCAGUGGAAGUGAGGAUGAGGAAGAAUUUGCUCCCCUGGCUGAGAGACUUACUUGUAAGUUUUUGACCCACAAGCAGCUGAGCCCUGAGGACUCCAGCUCCCCAGUUAAAAGGGUUUUAGAUCAUCAAAAUAAUGAAGGAGCAUCACGUGACUGGCAAAACCAGCCCUUCACAAAGAUCCAUGAUAUUCCUCUCUGUGACACCUCAGAGAGGUGUGUGUCGAGUAACAAGGACCCUGUGGUAGACAGUCCAAGCCAUCAGCCGCCAGCCUACCCAACUACCUGCUCUGUCCAGAGCAACAGCGUGACAGUAACUAAAACAAAUGCUGAGGUACCCCCACCUCAGAAGAGAACCAAGCAUCAUCAGAAGGUCCAGAGGAGAGGCUCACAGGGACGCCAGCAGCGGGGGCAAGCAGGCCAGAAGGAAAGCACCCAGAGGCAAGAGGAAAGGAAGAAGAAGGCAGCCCUGGUUAACAGGCUGAAAGCUCAGAGGCCAGAGGAAUGCUUGAAGCAUAUCGUUGUGCUGCUGGAUCCAGUGCUCUUACAGAUGGAAGGUGGGGGCCAGCUCCUCGGAGCACUCCAGUCCAUGGAGUGCUGCUGUGUGAUUGAGGCGCCGGCCGUGCCUUGCAGCAUCACGUGGAGGAGAAGGGCUGGGUCCACUGAGGAUGGAGAGGAGGACUGGGUGGAGGAGCCGAUGGUUCUGGUGCUGCUCCUGGCAGAGGCGUUUGUGUCCAUGAUCUACAACUUCAAGCAGGGGAGUCUGGGCAGCACCAAGGAAGGGAAGGAAACGCUUCGGAGCUUUGUAACUGACAUCACAGCAAGGACAGCUGGGAAAGCUCUGUCACUGGUGAUUGUGGAUCCGGAGAAAUGCUUCAGGGCUCCGAAUCCUCCAAGGAGAAGGAAACGGGGGGUGGCAAAUGGAGAACAGGCCAAGGAGAAGGAGAAGCAGAGACAACCAGAGGCCAGCACAGCGGCUGUGGUGACCAGGGUAGACAUGGAAGAGGCAUUGGUAGAUCUGCAGCUACACACAGAAGCCCAGGCUCGAAUUGUGCAGAGCUGGAAGGAGCUGGCCGACUUGGCGUGCGCGUUCACAAAGGCUGUGGCUGAGGCGCCCUUCAAGAAGCUCCGAGAUCAAGCUAGUUUCUCCUUCUGCCCGGAGAGUGACUGGGCUGGAGGGGCAAAGGUGGACCGCUCUGGCAGGGGGCUUGCAGUGGUCUGGAGGAGACAGAUUCAGCAGCUGAACCGAGUCAGCCUGGAAAUGGCCAGUGCCGUUGUGGACGCCUACCCCUCCCCACAGCUCCUGAUCCAGGCUUAUAAGCGGUGUUUUUCUGAGCAAGAACGCCAGAAUUUGCUUGCAGACAUACAGGUGCGCCGUGGGGAAGGUGUGACAGCCACCUCCCGCCGUCUUGGACCAGAGCUCUCCAGGCGUAUCUACCUUCAGAUGACCGCUUUGCAGCCAGAUCUCUCUUUAGACAGUGCAGACUGAUGCCAGCCCUCAGGGACAGGGAUGAAAAGCUCAUUUCCACCCCAGCCCCCCGACCUCAGAGCAUGACUACAGUGCAGGGAUCAGAAGCAUCUCCUGCAGCACAGCCUGGGUCCUGCCCACAACAGGCUUUCCUGGGCGUCGCUGUUUGCGAUAGUGUCCCUACCUGUCAGCUUGGGGCAGAGGCUGAGAUGCUCACAUUUGCCUUCCUCUCCCAGCAAGUCAACUGCCACGUACAAACCACCCCGACCCCUGCCCCAGCCAGCCCUCAAAAUACAAAGGAACAGAGACAGACCACUCAGACACGUAUUUAAUAACUGUAAAAAUCCAAAAGAACCUCAGCGUCAAAUCUUGAGGUCACAAGUGAACUGCCCUCGGCGGGCUGCUUGACAAGGCUGGACGUGCUCCCGCCUUCCUCCCGUCCACGGAAGCUGCCUCAGGCAGCCAAGGAACGGGGGAGGUCUGAUCACUAUGCUGACUUCUGUAUUCUCUUAAUCUCAUUUUAUGUACUAUGUGUUUAGUUUCAAUAAAGCAUUUGUACCAAUGGCUCUGGAGCUUGGAGGAAGACUAAAGGAAUGUGUAGUGAUUCUGGGUAAGGUGUGGGCCUACGCAGCAGAGCUCUCCCUGAGGGAGAAAAGAACAAGUCUUUUCUUCCACUGUCAGGACGGUCACAAGUGUCAGUCUUAUCCAUGGGCCACUAGUGCCGAAAAGACGGACCCCACUCUGUCUCUGGACAUGACAGGUUCUUGCUCUCCCUGGGGAAUCGGGAGUCUUCUGUGAAUGAGCACCGUGACGGCCAUUUCUGAUCCCUUCAUCCAACUGUUGUGAAAGGAGGCAAAGGAGGCCACAGAGCAAGAAAUGCUGAGUCUGGCAGACAAGAGAAUGGACAGUUCUGCCCUUAUUCAUGCAAGUCGUUAGUGUACCACUUUUAAACUCCAUGAUGCUACUUAUUUCCCUUCAUUGUGUAGUUAUAUCUAGAAUCAAUUCUAAACCUCAGUCUCUUAUGAAGCUUUAGUUUUCAGGUUGCCUAUGAGGUAUUUAGUCACACCGAUUAUGUAAGAGAGCUGUCACAGACAAUGUGGCUUUGCAAGGGUCCACCUUCUUGUUUAUUGGCAAUCAGGGAAUUAAUGCUCUCAAAUUGACGCCAGGAGCCUGGACCAUCCCCAUUUUAUAGAAGCCACAUAAAGUGCCGCAGGACUCUACAAGAGCUGCCCAGGACCCUCAUGGCUAUGAGAUUUCUAUCUGUGGGUCAUGAAUCUGUUUCCCGUGAAAGAUUCUAUACUCCAGCCAAGAGACAAUUCUGGUGUAAGUUUUGUUCUCUCAGUACACGAUAAAGGAGGCAAAAUGAUGGGAAGAAAGGAUACCAGGGUGGGAAUCCAGUUCUGCCUCAAACCAGCUAGGAGACCAUAGGCAAGUCAUGGAAGGCCUCAGUUUCCCUGUCUACAAGUGUUACAUUGGACUGGAUGGUCUGGAAGUCCUGUCACAGCCUGAGAUUUUGUAUGACUGUUAAAAUAUCUGAAUGUCUGAGGUCCUUAAAAAAUAGGUAUGCCCCUCCCCCCCAAUUUAGACUAGAUUUGCUGAGUAUGGUGUUCCCCUAGUCCCCAAUAACACACUGCCUCCUGAUCUGCCCUGGCUCCCCAGGGAGGAAUGAAAGAAAGGGUUUGUGACACACAAAAGUAUAAAUGUAGUGACAGCUGACCUUUAGUAGAAAUGAGUCUUGCCUUUAUACAGCUUUGUAUAACAACUAAAAAAGGCUAUGUUUUGUCCUCUCCCCACCCCAAGCCUAUUCUUUUAAGCAUGCAGGUAACUGGCCCCACCUCCUGUUUCUCCUUAUUCCACCAGGGAACCCUGACUAAGGAACAAAGAAGUCUUACAAAGAGGAGGUCUCAAGUACCAAACGGCAGCCAUGUGAUGAUGGCAGGUAGGUCUGACACUAAAAAGAGGUGUGUCCAACAGAACCCAAUUCCAUAGGAAUCCAAGCUCCAAGGCUGGGAGGCAGCAGGUGUGGAGGACAAGCUCACUGCUGAGAAUCGGUCUGCAGGACCCACCGGAGGAUGUCGUGGCUGCGCAGGCCCCGGAGCGCGCUGUCGUAGAUGGUGUUCACGCUGGUGCAGAGGGGCUGCUGCUGCAGCUCCGUCACCCGACAGGCGACCAGCCCGCCAGCCACACACAGCAGCAGCAGCAGCAGCAGCAGCCUCAGCACAGCCCAGGAGCGAGUGUGUUUCCGGGGUGCUGGCUUCCGGGGCCGAGAGCCGGACUUAGAUUCUGGAGGGACAAAGUCACAGAAGGCAAAAAGUCCAGUCAGUUUAAGGACGCACACUCUGCAGUCGAUGCUAGUCUCCGUGCACGUCCACUUACACCCCUCUGCUCUGAUGAAAACUCCCCCAGCCCUGAGGAGAACACGUUUUCUAGACCAUCUGAGCUCUUAAAAACUUUGCUAUGCAGAGACUGAAACAUGAACUCUUUCUCCCUUGGAUCUCAGGGAGUAGAUUCAAAACCGGAUCUCAUUCUGGAUGUUUCACUUAGCACACAGUCCCCAGGGUCCUAAGUUCUCCAUAACAUGCUGAUGACCCGGGCCCCUUAGGACCAAGGGGAGGGGCCCAUCAGGAGGCAUCAAGCGUGGGUAGAGUGCUGCCCAUUCGGGGAAACGGGUUCAAAAGUUAUGAAUAUUGUUAAUGUUUUUAUUAUAAGAAGAAAGCCUGCAAGAAAGUAUACCAUAUUGGUAACAGUGAUUAAUGCUGGGAACAGGGGAUUACAGGUGAUUGCCAUUUUCUGAUAUAUAUAAAGAAAUUGUCUGCAGUGAAUAUAAUUAUUGAAGAAAAAAUGGUU